AUGUAUGCCACCGUGCUUGCGCUCGGCCUUUUCCUCGCUCCGGCUCUUGCAAGAGAAAUCACCUUCCCUCCCAUCGCAGCCAUACAAUCCGAUCAGUUUAUACUUGGGCAGCAUGAGAUCAUUGACAUUGUCAGCGGCAGCCAAUUCUCCGGCUUAACAACCUUUGCUCAUAUCCCCUAUGUCAAUUGCUUCGUGGAUAGCGAAGCGCAGUCGACAUCGUACGACAUCGCCAUCCUGGGAGCUCCGUUCGACACGGCAGUCACUGGUCGUCCAGGCGCAAGAUACGGCCCAGGAGGCAUUCGACUCGGCUCGCGCCGCAUCGAAGGGUGGAACGUCUAUACAGGCCAAAACGUCUUCAAGAGCUGGGCAAAGCUUGUGGACUGCGGGGAUGCGCCGUUGACUUGGUUAGACAACACCGUUGCAUUGAAGCAGCUUGACCUUGCGCAUAAGGUUAUCUCUUCUCGAACGACGAACAGCACGGAGCACGGCAAUACGCCGCGAAUUGUUACCCUAGGCGGGGAUCAUACGACUACGUUAUCGGCUUUGAGGUCGACGUAUAGACACUUUGGACCAGUGUCGGUGAUUCACUUCGAUAGUCAUAUCGAUACUUGGGACCCUGAGGUACUGGGCGGCGGUAUUUCUCAUUAUGCCGGCGUCAACCACGGAACAUUCCUUCACUUAGCUCAUGAAGAGGGCCUCAUCCGAAACACUUCUAUCCACGUCGGAAUCCGAGCUCCCGUCACCCGCCCCAAAGGCGACAUCAGGAACGACAUUCGAUGCGGCUUCUCCAUAAUCAAAGCCCGCGAUCUAGAUCGUCUCGGAGUGGCCGGCGUAGUGGAAGAGAUCAAGUCCCGCGUCGGUAACAGCAGGGUCUAUAUCUCUGUUGAUAUUGAUGUCUUGGAUCCCGCGUUCGCACCUGCAACCGGCACCGCUGAGCCUGGCGGCUUUACGACACGUGAGCUUUUUUCCAUUCUUGAUGCCUUGCACGGCCUUCCGGUUGUUGGUGCAGACGUCGUUGAGGUAGCUCCCAUUUAUGACAGCGCAGCAGAAACAACUACACUGGCUGCGGCGGAGGUAGCGCAUUCGUUGCUUGCCCUUAUGAUUGAUACUCCUAUAGUUGAUUGA